AUGGAAGUUGCGGUCGGCACUGCGGCCGGUAAGAUCGCGCCUAAGCUCUUCGAUUUCUUAGAAACAAAUCGCAAGCUGCGUCGGGAGCUGGAGCAUGACAUCGAGUACAUCAAAAGGGAGUUUGUGAUUAUUUCUGCUGUCAUUGAGGAAGAUGGUGAUCAUCCCCCGUGGAGUGGCAACCAGGUGCAUAAGGUCUGGAUACAGAUGGUGCGUGACUUGUCGCAUGCCAUUGAGGACUGCAUCGACCACUUCAUACACCGCGUCACACUCCAUCCUAGUGCGUCCUGGAUCCAUCGGCGGUUCCACUGGGUGAAGACGGUGAGAGCCCGUAACAAGUUUGCCGCAGCUAUCCGCCGUCUCAGGAAGAGAUCAGAAGAUGCAUCCAAGAUGAGAACAAGCUACACCACCAACAAUGAUGGUGUCAAAUCCAAUAUUAAUACCCUGGGGUCUGAUGAGCAGGAGAUGGAUAUGGGCACCUCUGUGGCCAUGGUGGGUAUGGACGAGCCCCUGGAUGAGCUUAUGGAGCUCAUAAGGGAAGGCCAACAACCCAAGGAGGAGCACAAGCUUAAGGUGAUAUCUGUUGUCGGAUUCGGUGGUAUAGGGAAGACUCGCCUUGCCAGGCAAGCCUACAAUGAUACAAUUGAGAAAACCCAAUACGAAGCAUGGGCUUGGGUUCAUGCUGCUGACAAAGGCGCAGAGGAUGUUCUCAAGGAGAUACUCCGGAAACUUGGCGCCAUCAUUAGUGGUGGAGGUCUCAGCAAGCUCCGCAGAAGCCUCAAACAGUGCCUUGGGAACAAGAGGUUCUUUAUUGUAAUCGAUGACAUGCGCAAGGUAUUGUGGCAUGACGUCAAAGAGGCCUUCCCUGUAGUUGAAGGGGUGAGCAGCAGAGUUGUGGUGACGACAACCAUUCAGUCUGUGGCAAAUGCAUGCAGCUCUGAUCAUGGUCAUGCAUACGUGAUGAGAACUCUUGCCGAGGAACAUUCAAGACAAUUGUUCUUCCAAGAAGCUUCCCUGGAAGAAGAUUCACCACAACCUAAUGAUCAUACGCAGCUCGGUACUUCAGAAGCACUAAUGAAAUGUGAUGGCCUACCACUAGCUCUUGUUACGACUGCUCAAUUCUUGCAAAGUAGAGGUGACCCAAGAAAGUGGGCAAAUCUGUGUGAAAACCUCGGUGGACAUUUGGAGACAGAAGAUACCUUAGCAAGUAUGAAUCGUGUGCUCAUCCGCAGCUAUGGUAGCCUUGGUAGCCAAGAUGUCAAGACCUUCUUGCUAUAUCUGGGUAUUUACCCAACUGGCCAUCCAAUCCGGAGAGGAAUCCUGAUACGGAGAUGGUUAGCUGAAGGGUUCAUCAAUCAAGACCAUAGACGCAGUGCUCUCUGUGUCGCUGUUGACAUUUUUGAUAAGUUGGUUGACCGGAGUAUCAUUCAGCCUAUCGAUGCCAGCAGUAGCAACAACAACAGCGUAGAGGUGAAGAAAUGUCAAACUCAUGGCAUGAUGCUCGAGUUCAUCCUGCACAAGUCCACGUGUGAGAACUUUGUCACCUUGUUAUGUGAUAAGGAUCCCCAACCCAGGAGUAAUAUUCGUUGGCUUUCUCUGCAACAUAAAACUGCUGCAAAGGCCAAAAUGAACCCAAAGGAUCUACGUCUUGUCCGGUCUCUGACAAUCUUUGGUAAGGCGCACAGUUCUAUGUUGGACUUCUCCAAGUAUAAACUGAUGCGAGUUUUGGAUCUUGAAGAAUGCAAAGAUAAGAUGGGGGAUAGACAUCUCAAGGAUAUAUGCAACAACUUGUUGUUGAUCAGGUACCUAAGCCUAGGGGGUGCUAUUACAGUCACAAUGCUUCCAAAGGAGAUCAAGAAGCUCAAAUUGUUGGAGACACUGGAUCUCCAAGAAGGUGUAGGACACCGGAGAAUGCUUAAGCUGCAGACUUGGUUGAGAAACAAGAGCAAAAUGGAGACCAUGGCAGGAUUUGUUGUGGGCGAGGACCAAAAAAUGCCACAACUCAUCGAUCAUAUGGAGCACCUGACAAAGUUGAAAAUAUGGUGUGAGUCCACCUCCGAUGUAAGCGUCAACGUAAAUUGUCUCUCAACAGCCAUCAAGAGGUUCAUUGAGAGAAGCACCAAUCUGAACAAAGCUCAUUCGCUCUCACUGAACUUCAACGCCAGAUGGCCUCAAGACUUGUUGUCUUUCACCAUAGAGAAGGACAAACUCCACUAUCUCAGAUCACUCAAGCUGCAAGGAAACAACAUAUGCAGCCAACUACCUUGGUUUGUUACCAAUCUAUAUCUUGUCACUAAACUGUGCCUGUCAUUCCCUGGUCAUAACUUGGGCGGCCACAUUCUUGAUGCCCUGAGCAAAGUGCGUGGCUUGGAGCACCUGAAGCUGAUUGCAACUCAAAUGGACAAGCUCAUCAUCAGACAAGGUGCAUUCAGAAUCCUGCAAAGCUUAUGCAUCAUGGUGGAAGUCAUGACUGGGCUGGAAAUCGAAGAGGGUGCUGUGCAACACCUUGACUCGCUCCAGCUGCUAUGUAAGGAUCUAAACGGCUUUAGCAGCACGACAAUCCAUUCCCUGCCACUUCUUAAGGAGGUUGCUCUCCAUGAUGAACUGAGUGACCGAGUAAAACAGGACUGGAAAGGAGCAGCAAAGAACCAUCCAGGACGUCCCAAGGUCUUGUUUAAACUGAAGGGAAGUGAGCUUGCUGCAGGAACUAGCACUGCACCAACGACUACUAAUACUUUGGCUCAAGAGGUUGCUAUUGGAAGCGAACCUGCGGAGAAUUUUGAAAGCCCUGCGGCACCACCUACUGAUAUAACGGUAUCAACACCACCUGGUGACAUUUCUACUGAAGAGUCUGUAGAAAUUGCUACUUCGGAGAUUGGAAGUGAGUCAGCUAUGGAAAUUAGCCAUGCGGCAACAGCUACUGACACGAUGACCCAAGAAGUUGGUGUGGAAAGGGAACCUGCACAGAAUUCUGAGAGUCAUGCGGCACCACCUACUGGUAUGAUGUUAUCAGUGACAAUGCCUCCCAGUGUUGUUUCUAGUGACGAGUCUGUACCAGUUGCUACCUUUGAGAUGGGAAGUGAGUCGGCUCCGGAAAUUAGCCCUGCAGCAACAAUUACUGAUACGAUGACCCAAGAGGUUGCUACAAUAACGCCCCAGGCUAUUUCCAAUGGAGAGUCUGUACAAGUUGCUACUUCCGAGAUGGAAAGUGAGACUGCAGCGGAACUCCCUGUAGCUCCAGGUACCACCGAUGAUACGACGUUAUCGCUGAAUCACAACGCAUUUGCAAGUGCACAACAAGAAUAUCCUGGUAACUACUUAUUUGUUGUUGUCAGUGAUCUUAUUCUUGUUAGUGAAAAUGGCCUCCGCCCCACAAUGUCUGAUGCUGAGAGGGCGUCCAAGUGGGCGCGUAAGAAGGAAAGGAUGCUUUGCUACCGUUGUGGUGAGAAGGGCCACUUCAUUGCUGAAUGCGUGGCAGAGCUGUGUGAGUCCUGUGGUAAGCCGGCACAUGCCUCGGGGGAUUGCCCGUUGUUGCGUGACCAGGCUCCGUCUUUGACAAUGUAUGGAGUUUAUUGUGCUGAGCUCUAA